AUGUCUAGGGCUAGUUUGUCUUGCGAUUAUUACUAGUCGGAAAUAGAUUGUAUCCAAAAUGGCAAUUCUAAAUGCAGAUGGAAUGAAAUAACAAGUCAGUGUUUGUAUACAGACGGAGUCAAUUUUGGAUGCUCCAAUUUACUCAGCUCCCAAACUUGCAUUGCCUAAACCUAUUAUCCAGAUGGAACAAUGGCAGAAUGCAUUUUUAGCGGAUACUGUCGUAAGGUGACCACCUUAUUAAGCAAUUGUUCGAAGAAUCUCUCCAGGGCAGCUUGUUUGGCAGUACAAGACGACUAUUGUUUUUGGAAUGAUAGUUGUUAAACCAUUUCUGAAUCGGAAGCCAACAGUAUAGCUUGGAGUGCAUCGGAUUCAAUUCAGUUGGUGAGUGUGAAGAUUUGUCGCUUGAUAACGGCAUCAGCAGGUAAUGAAUAAGAAUAACGAGUUAAGUUGUUCAUCAAUCCGGAGCCCAUCUAGUUUUAACCACCCUUUAUAAGACAUACAUCUUGA